AUGUAUAAGAGAAACUUGACCACAAUUUUAUUUUUGGGAUUCCACAACAUGGAUAUUGAUGGACUCGGAUUUACUCUAACUCUCUUUAUCUUAUUACUUAUUAUAUACAUUGUGACAAUCUGUGGAAACCUCCUCAUCAUUGUGCUGGUGUUCUGUAGCAAGACCCUCCAGUCCCCCAUGUACGUCUUCCUCUCCCAGCUCUCUGUAACUGACAUCAUGCUGACCACAGAUAUCAGCCCAAACAUGCUACAUAUUAUAAUACAUGAGCAGACUACCAUAUCUUUUUCAGGCUGCAUCACCCAAUUUUAUUUCUCUUGUUUAUCAUUAGCAACUGAAUGUUUUCUAUUAACAAUCAUGUCAUACGACCGAUAUCUUGCCAUCUGCAGUCCAUUGCAUUACUCCUCUAUUAUGAAUAAUGCCUUUUGCUUCAAAUUGAUUUUUGCAUCCUGGCUUUGGGGCGGCUCUUUGGUUUUAAUGUUAACACUUAGCAUAUGUCAGCUACAAUUCUGUGGGGCAAAUACAGUUACCCAUUUCUUUUGUGAUUUAAAUGCUCUAGUGCAACUUUCAUGUUCCGAUGCAUCCAUAGUUCAUAUAGAAAGCAUCAUAUUAGGUAUUCAUGUUAUAGUCUUGCCAUUUCUUGUGAUUGUAGUUUCAUAUACGUACAUUGUUUCGACCAUUUUAAAGAUCUCCUCCUUUUCAGGAAGACUCAAAUGCUUUUCCACUUGCAGCUCCCACCUGACAGUGGUGUCUAUAUUUUAUGGAACUCUAAUUGCUAUGUACAUUCUUCCUAAUGAAGGUCAAUCACAGAUUCUCACAAAGAUACUGGUUAUGCUUUACACAGUGUUUACUCCCUUUUCAAAUCCCUUCAUAUACAGUUUGAGGAAUACAGACAUUAAGGAAGCUUUGAGAAAUAUUGUGAUUAGAAAAAGAGUUACUAUUUAA